GCCUUCCUUCCUUCCUUAUCCUCACACAAAUCUCAUUUUUAUCAAAUGUGAAAACAAUUUUCAUUUCAAAGAAAAAGACUGUUUAUAUGUUCUUGAAAGAGAAAUAAUAUACAUAUCAUAGACCCACAAAACCCUAAUUCAUUCCAUAUACAUACUUUAGAAUGAGAAGAGAAGACCAAAAAGUGAAAGAGAAAAAGAGUGAAUAUUAAAGAUUAAUUUGUGUGUGUGAGUGUGUGUUUCUUGUUAUGUUUUAGUGUGUGUGUAGAGUAUAUUAUAUUCUCAUGCAAUCAUGGAUGGUAGUGAUGAUCAUUUCCUCCACCACCACCACCAUCAACAACAACAGCUCCACCACCACAACCAUCAUCAUCACCGGCCUAACUUCCCUUUCCAACUACUCGAAAAGAAAGACGAUGAAACGGCCACUACCUCCUCCGCCACCACGGUCACCAUGGCAUACCCUUCUCUUGCCAUCUCCACCGACACAUCAAAUAAUUUGCAAAUAGCAACCACAAGUGCUACAACAACAACAACAACAACUACUUCUUCAGGAGAGCCAUCAAAGAAACAACCCCCUAAAAGAACUUCAACUAAAGACCGGCAUACGAAGGUGGACGGCCGUGGCCGUCGCAUCCGUAUGCCGGCUUUAUGUGCCGCUAGGGUUUUCCAACUUACCCGUGAGCUGGGACAUAAGUCUGACGGGGAAACCAUCGAGUGGCUGCUACAGCAGGCUGAGCCCGCUGUUAUAGCAGCCACUGGUACUGGUACUAUCCCCGCCAAUUUUACAUCACUUAACAUCUCACUUAGAAGUUCCGGGUCAAGUAUGUCUGUCCCAUCACAACUACGAUCCACUUACUUCAACCCGAAUUUUAGUCUCCCUCAAAGAAGGAACAAUAAUCUUUUCUCGGGUAUAGGGUUGUCAUCUUCAGAGAAUUCUUCAUCAAAUCUAUUAAGUUUUGGAUCAACAAUGAAUCUUAACCAAAUACUACAAGCGAAACAAGAAAUGAGAGAUCAUAAUAGUAAUAACCCGGUGGAAGUGCAAGAAACCGAAGACAAUAUGGGACGAAAAAGGCCUCUGGAGCUUGAUUUAUCGACACAACAUCAACAACAAAUGGGAAGUUAUUUGAUGCAAUCAACUACCGGUUUGUUAACAUCUUCCCAUCCAUCAGUUCCUGCCAACUUUUGGAUGGUUGCGAAUUCUAACCAACACCCUCAAGUCAUGAAUGGAGACCCUGUUUGGACUUUUCCAAAUAGAGGCACGGUCUCCAAUGGGCUACAUUUUAUGAAUUUCCCGACCCCGGUUGCACUUAUGCCUAGUCAACAAGCACAACUAGGGUCGGGAAUAGGUGGCGGUAAUGGCAAUGGUAAUGGUAGUGGUUAUAGUGAAGGACAAUUGAAUAUGUUUGGUGGGUUAAAUUCAUAUAGGCCAAUAUUUGGUCAAGGGCCAUCUGAAUCUCCGGGAAGUGGGUCUCAGGCUCAACACCGUGGUGGUGGUAACGAUGGCGGUGAUGAUACAACUAGCCACAAUUCUUAGGGAUUCCCUCCCCAUAAUUGUGUUAAUGUUGUUAAAAUUAUUGUGUAAAACUAAAACACACGUGAGGUUUGAUUUUCUCCAAAUUUUUUUGAGAAUUUUCAAAAAAAAAACACUUGAGAACAAUUCUUAAAUUAAUAUUCCGAUUUUAUUAUUUUUA